AUGAACCCCGCCCACAAGCAGUGCUGCACCCUCCCGCCCGUCCAGGCCGAGUACACGCCCAAGGGCUCGUUCGGCGAGCUCGACGGCCUCAAGACGUACCAGACUGGCCCCACCGACACUGGCAAGGCCAUCCUCAUGGUCUACGACGUCUUUGGCUUCGCGCCUCAGAUUCUCCAGGGUGCCGACCUGCUCGCUUCUGCUGGCUACCGCGUCGUCAUGCCCGACUUCCUCAAGGGCGCCUAUGCCGAGGGCAGCAUGUUUGACGGCACCCCCGAGGGCGACGCGAAGAAGAUUGCUUACAUUACCGGCCCCGGCAAGCCCGACUCGGAGGGCCAGGCCGUCGCCAUUGCGGCCGCGCUCGCCGCCCUCAAGGCUCAGGGCUACGCAUCGGUCGGCACCGUCGGCUUCUGCUGGGGCUGGAAGGCCGCCAUCACUGCAAAGGACGUAAACCAGUUCUCUGCCAUCGCCGGCGUCCACCCUUCGUUCGUCGGCAAGGACGACUACGAGGGCCUUGACAUCCCCGUCUGUCUCCUCCCUUCGGGCGGUGAGGACAAGGAGACCGUCGACUCGCUCUACGCCAGCCUGGAGAAGAAGAACCCCGGCAAGAACUUCCUCAAGUGGUACCCCAACGAGGCCCACGGCUGGUGCGCCGCCCGCGGUGAUCUCUCUGGUGGUGAGCACACCGAUGCCUACGCCGAGGCCUACCAGCUCCUCGUCAACUUCUUCAACAAGUACGUGUAA